AUGGAGUAUGGAAGCGGCGGGGGCGGAGGCGGUGGGGGCCGUGGGGGUGUCCAACCACCCUCCGCAGGUGCGAGGGGUAUGGCGAGCACAGACACUACUGAUGCUGCGUGGCACAAACAUGAACAAAUGAUCCUUAUGGAAUCCAGGCAUAAGCAACAAUUAGGUGGGAGAGCGGGGGCGGGUGGAGGCGGCGGUGGUGGAGGUGGUGCACCCCUUUACGGUCGCCUGGUAGCCGAGGAACCCUUGCCCCCUACGGUAUGUGGGGGUGCCGGUGCCGGUGGUGGUACCGGUGGGGUUCCGCAAGAAACCCCUGCGGAUAUUCACGCCAUGCAAGCCAGGAUACCCCAUAGGUUUCGUGAUCCAGCGACGGCACCCCUUAGGAAACUCAGCGUCGAUCUUAUCAAAACUUACAAGCACAUCAACGAGGUUUAUUAUGCUAAGAAAAAGAGAAGAGCGCAACAGAUGCAAGGAGAAGACGGUUCCCAUAAAAAAGAAAGAAAAUUGUACAAUGAUGGCUGGGAUGAUGAUAAUCAUGAUUAUAUUAUCAAGAAUGGGGAAAAGUUCCUCGAUCGCUAUGAGAUCGAUUCGUUAAUAGGUAAAGGCAGUUUUGGCCAAGUAGUAAAAGCGUUUGAUCAUGAAGAACAAACGCAAGUGGCAAUAAAAAUUAUCAAGAACAAAAAACCUUUUCUAAAUCAAGCGCAAAUUGAAGUGAGGCUAUUGGAAAUGAUGAACAGGGCGGAUACUGACAACAAAUAUUAUAUAGUUAAGCUAAAGAGGCAUUUUAUGUGGCGAAAUCACUUAUGUUUGGUAUUCGAACUAUUAUCAUAUAACCUAUAUGAUCUACUUAGAAAUACAAAUUUUCGAGGAGUAUCGUUGAACUUAACAAGGAAGUUUGCACAGCAACUGUGUACUGCCCUUUUGUUCCUGUCUACACCGGAAUUGAACAUCAUUCACUGUGAUCUGAAACCCGAAAACAUACUUUUGUGCAAUCCCAAACGAAGUGCGAUAAAAAUAGUAGACUUUGGUAGUUCGUGUCAACUUGGACAAAGGAUAUACCAGUAUAUUCAAUCCAGGUUUUACCGAUCUCCCGAAGUCUUAUUAGGAAUACCUUACGACCUUGCGAUAGACAUGUGGAGUCUAGGAUGUAUUUUAGUUGAAAUGCAUACGGGAGAACCUCUGUUCAGUGGGGCCAAUGAGCUCGAUCAAAUGAAUAAAAUUGUAGAAGUACUAGGAAUGCCACCGAAGCAUAUAUUGGACCAAGCGCACAAAGCGCGGAAAUACUUUGACAAAGUCCCCACGGAUGGCUCGUAUGUGCUGAAAAAAUCCAAGGAUAGUAAAAAGUACAAACCUCCUGGCACAAGACGCUUACAUGAUAUCUUGGGUGUCGAAAGCGGAGGCCCUGGUGGUAGAAGGAUAGGUGAACCUGGUCAUUCAAUUUCUGAUUACCUCAAAUUUAAAGACUUAAUCCUGCGGAUGCUGGAUUUCGAUCCGAAAACAAGAGUGACACCGUAUUACGCACUUCAGCACAAUUUCUUUAAGCGAACAGCCGACGAGGGGACCAAUACGAAUAUCGCUGCUGCCAACAGUGCUAACACAAGCCCGGCAGUGGUAUCAAUGAGCCAAGAUCAUGGACUGGUAACCAUGUCAGGACAGGGAAGCAGCAACAGUGGCAAUCCGAUGCAAGUAUCAAGUCUCCCUGGUGGCUAUCAGCCGAUGGAGUGCGAGUCAUCGCCCCGUCAUCUGGGCAACCGACGCGUCGUGACAACGAGCUACCCGUCAACCUCGGCCACUGGGGUGUCUGCAUCAGGGCCGAUGUCCAUGCAAUCUGUAGACAGCUCCCUGAAACAAAGCUCUCUUGGAUCGUAUAAUAGCCUAAUUCUCCCUGGUAUACCCUUGCCUGCUAUGAUGACCUCGCCGAUGAUUCAGCAGCAGAGUUUCUACAAUUACGGUUAUCCGACGAGUGACGCGCACGGGAUAGUCAGACAACCGUCUACGGUUUCGACUGGUAAACAGAGAGAUCCGGAAAGGGAAGAUAGUCCUAUGGUCGGAGUAUGCGUCCAGCAAAGUCCAGUUGCUAUUCACUGAAUAACAAAAAGAGAAAGAACGAAAGGAAACUACGACGACGGUCGAUGACAACGUAAACUGUCGCGCGGUACCGUCAAAAAAAAAUAUAUUAGGGUGAUUAUACAUACUGUAUAUAUACAAAGUUGACGGCGAUACCGCCAACAAAUCUGUUGUACUGUUUACGAGAAA